AUGGACAACGUAAUGGAGCAUGCGGAGGAGCUCAAGCAGUGGCUCAUUGAACAUCUGACGCCAAUAUCUUCCGAAGCCGACCCACAGGUCCUCUCCAAGUACGUCCUUGCGCUGAUUCAGAAACCGCCCGCCACCAGCGCCGGCGAGAACAAGGAGAAGGCCCUUCGACAGAAGUGUCUCAAGCAGUUGGACAUCUUUCUCGGCAAUGAGACCACUAGCUUCGUGGACACCCUCUUUGAGGUGAUCAAGAGUCAGAGCUUUCUUAGACAUCGCGGCCAGCCGGAAUCCGCCUCUCCUCCAGCAGUAGACUCCAUACAGGAUGCUCAGUCAAGUCAGCAGCAGCAGCAAAGAGGCAGACAAACCGGAAGAAGUGGCACUCAAAGUGUUGAAACAACACCUUCCGCCAGUUCUUCCUACGCUUCCUCAGAGUCCACCACCGCCACCAUCAGCCAGUCGUCCUCAAAGGCGGCUCAAAAGCGUGCUCAAAAGAGCUCCGACUUUGGUGCUUCCUCUUCUUCCUCUUCUUCCUCUUCUUCUUCCUACUCAAAAUCGAACGUAGAGUCUUCGUCCAGUUAUCACCACCACCCCCACCAUCCUUAUCAGCCGGCGACCUCUUCAACCAGUUUGCAUCAACAGCAGCAGCAGCAGCAGCAGCAGGCCAACUCCUCGGAAACGACUUCGAGCACGGCUUUCGGCGACGUGGACCUGCGACGUGCACAGUCGUCCUCGUCAUCGUCGUCGUCGGCAACAAUCGGCAGUCAGCAACCGUUCUACGUUGACAGCAGCAAUGCUGAUCUCGGUGGUACCUACGAGAUUGUCUCCGCCACAUCCCUUGGUGGUGGUCUAUAUUCGACUGGUCCUGGUCCUGAAUCCUCCUCCUCCACCUCCUCCUCGAUGCCCUCAUCCAUGGUCAGCUCUUCAGAAGGUGGUGGCAGUGGUGGUGGUGGUGGUGGCGGAAGAGGCGGAAGUGGACCCAUCAAAAUGGUUCUGACCCAUCCGUCGUCACUGUUGCCACCGCUGGAGCCGCAGCACAGCCUCUUUGCCGCCCAGUCGGCGGCUGAACAAAGUGCUGAAGCGGGAAGUACGGGAAAACCGAGCAGCAGCAGCAGCUCUUCAAAGGGCGGAAAUCAGCAAUAUUCCUCCUCCUCCUCCUCUUCAACAAUUUCCGCUGGUCGCAAUGCCACCAGCAGCAACAAUCGAGGUCAGUCGUCUUCAGACCGUUAUCACGGCAACAGCAGUCGUGAUCACCACCGAGGAUACCACCAUCACCACCACCGUCGCAGUUCGAGCAGCAGCGAUGAGGAUGAGGAUGAUGAUGAUGAGUACAGUCAAAAGGAGGAGGAGAAGGAGGUAGAUGGUAACCCUCGAGGUAAUCGAUCCAGAAACCGCAACAAGAGCGGCAGCAGCAGCAGCAGCAGCAGUAAUGAUGAGAGCUCCUCUUCGGAUCAACGGGCAAACACCACCUCCUCCAGACGAUCUACCGCCACAGCUUCUUCAAAAAUGACCUCCUCCUCUUCAUCCACUCAAAGAAAUGCUGCUACUGCUCAUCAUAGUGAUCGGCGAAGCAAUUCAAAGCAGGGCGGCAGUGGAGGUGACCGAGGUGAUCGAAAGCAGGCCACCUCUCCGUCUCGAAGUGGCUCUUCCUCCUCCAAGUAUACGUCCAGCCGUGGAUCACGUUAUGGCAACAACGACAACAACAGCAGCAACAGCUACCGAACAUCCUCAAACUCAGCGAGCUCCACUUCGGCAGCCAACUACCGAGGCGGGAACGCCUAUGAGCCUAGCAGUUCAAGCGGCGGUGGCAACCAUCGCUCCAGCAGCAGUCGCCAGGACCGGCGAAAUGCUUCCUCUUCCUCUUCCAACUUUGCAAGCUUUAGCUCUAGCUCAAACGCAGGCAAUCGAGGAGGAGUGUACAGCAGCAGUGGCAGCAGCAGUCGUCGUCGUCGAUCUCAGGACGCCGGAAAUGAUGGGCCAGGUCAGCAAAGCCAGAGCCAAAGCCAAAGCUAUCGACCACAGGCGGUGUACAAGCCAUCGGCAAGUGUGUCGAACUCUGGUGUUGCUGGAACUGGUCGCCCCAGUCCGGACAUCUUCGACUUUGACCGCCUGGCGCACAUUGACAUGGACAAGCUGCUGCUGCAGGCUGCUGCGGACACUACCUCGAAGCAGAAACAACAACAGCAACAUCAGCAGAAACAGUCGUCCACCUCGACGGCGACCACUUCAUCAUCAUCAUCUUCGGCAACUUCAGGAAAUGCUCAGCCGACCGUCAAAACGGAAAACGCCUCCUCCUCGGUGGAGGAGGACAUCUCCACCGCCUGGAGUGACACUCGACAUGAUCUCGACAUGAACGCCCCUGCCGCCGCCACCUCGUCUUCCGAUGAGAAGAAGCCAAACGUCAAAGCGGAGGUUGAGGGUGACCGAGGUGAGGGCAGACUGGACCAGGCUGAGGAUGAUCACCGCCAUUUUCAACAGCAGGCAUCUUCAGACGGUGCCAUUUCCACUUCUGCCACUUCUGCUUCANCCGCCGCCACCUCGUCUUCCGAUGAGAAGAAGCCAAACGUCAAAGCGGAGGUUGAGGGUGACCGAG